UCUCCUGUGUUCUGCUGCUGCAAGUGCUGCACAUGCAGGGCUCCCAUCAACCAAGAUGGCGGUGGAGGCUUCUUGAAGGGACUGAUGCUCUUACUGUCAUCUUGGUUGAUGGCAGGGAUGUGCCCACACGUAGUGUGCUGCACAUGCGUGCCACCAACCAAGAUGGCGGGGGGCAUCAGCCCCUUAGAGAAGCCUCGGCCACCAUCUUGGUUGAUGGCAGGACUGUGUACACAGCACACACAGCAGCAGAACACAGGAGGGAGGGAGGUGGAACAGGCAGGGGCUGUGUGCCUGGGGCAGGCUGUUGCCCAAGGGCCGUACCUGGCGCUGGCCCUGAUGAGCACAGUAACUUCAUUCACAGAAGGAGCAGAUUAGGCAGGAAAUCUGUUUCUGGACUGCAUCACUUCAGACUGCAGGGGGGUUGUACCACAGCUGAAUGUUCCCUCCAUACAAGUUAACAAGUGAAGUCCCUGCAGACAGAAAUCCAGCAGGUAAAGAAAAUGGGGUUCAGCCUAACCUAAACUUUUCUCUGACAGCCUCUUUUCUUUUCUAAUUGUAAGAAACGUGGUUUUCCUUAAGGGAAAACCCCCCCUAUGAGACCCCAAAAAGGUCCCCUGUGGUAGACCCACGACAGAGACAAUUGUGAAGCAGUUUCAAAGCUUUAUUUCGUUCUUGCAAGAGCGGGUGUCAACCACAAGGCAGACACACCCAACAUGACUUCGGUACAGACUUUUAUCCCCUAGCCCGACGCUAUGGUUCCCUCCCCUGCCUCCUCAUUGGCCAGAGUACAGGGUUUACAAUCUUAUCCAAAAAACGCCUUAAUGAAGUCCCACCCCUAUUUAUAUUUCUUAUUACUUAGACCUAAGCUGCCCUACAUCAAUAUUUGUUAUGUACAUAUUAAUUAAGCAGAAUAUUCUCAGAACACUCCCAUCAUAUCAAGUAAAGCAAAAUUUCAGUCAAGCGGAAAUCCUUCUUCUAUAUUAAAACAGACUUUUAACCACAAACAGGUCUCAACUGUCUGUGUUCCAGAUGGUCAUCUUACCUCAUUCUAUUUUUACGGGCGAAAAACCCCUUUUUGCUUAGCAACGUUAACCCCGGUCUACCUAAAGUCAAUUUAUAAAACAGUCAUUUAAAACAACCCAUUAUUCAACCAAUUCCUUUUACAUCAAGCAAAGCAAUUGGAGAAUAACACCUCAUCUAAAUCAGCCAAGCGUGAAUCCUUUUUCUAUUUUAAAGUUAACUUUGUCUAAAAGGCAGACAGCAGCUACAGCCUGAUAAUUUGUGGUCGGUCAUGUCCUGUUUAAAGAAAAAGCCCCUUAACUUUAGCCUUUUUGGAAUAUCUACUGCAAACAGUCUAUUAACCUAUUAACCAUUUAUUCUUAACAAUAAAAUCACAUAUUUUAUUUAUCCUUAGAAUAUUCUGAAAAAGCAACACAAUAUAUACACUUCUCACAUAAUGUGCAUGGGAUUUUUAUUUUUAUGGAGGACAGACACAGUCCAGAAACUUGCUGACCACCUCCCCUUGCUCUGUGUGAUGGCUGGUGGUGUGAAACAAACUCAAGGAUGCUCACGCCUCCCACAAGGAGAAAAAAGGCUAGACCAAACCACAGCACUUGGCCCUGUGCUGGCCAGCUGUUCAUAGCUCUUAAAGUGGCACUUCACUCCACACUCUGCGUGAAGCAGCCAAGGGACUUCAGCGACUCUGCUCUUGAAGGGUUAAACAAGAACAGAGCAGGAGGAAAGAUGGCACAAGAAGGACUUCCCUUUCCUAUCCCACUUUCUUGAAAGAAAUGUAGCAAAUGAGGGCGUGAGUCUCUUUGCGCUUGCGGAGAUAUUGGGGUGGGGGUGGGCUGCAUGGAGGGAGCCCCGAGGUGAAGCUGCACCAUUUGGGUGGUGCACCAUUUGGGUGGUGCUCAUCACCUAAAGGAAACGAGAAUGUCUCCUGAGUGCAGUAAAACUUUAAGUUUCCAAAAAGCCCUGAAUAUAUAUACAAGAAGGCAUAUGAGAGAGAACGAAUAUAAAUACUUGGAAUGUGGAAAGAGCUUCAGUCAGAGUGGCACUCUUACUUUCCAUCAAAGAAUUCAUACAGGGGACAAACGGUAUAAAUGCUUUGAGUGUGGAAAGAGCUUCAUUAACAGUAGCUCCCUUACAAAGCAUCAAAGAAUUCAUUCAGGGGACAAACCUUAUACAUGCUUUGAAUGUGGAAAGAGCUUCAGUCAGAGUGGCACCCUUACUGGGCAUCAAAGAACACAUACAGGGGACAAACCUUAUAAAUGCUUGGAGUGUGGAAAGAGCUUCUGUCUGAGUGGCCACCUUACUAGACAUCAACGAAUUCAUACAGGGGACAAACCUUAUAAAUGCUUGCAGUGUGGAAAGAACUUCAGUCAGAGUGGCACCCUUACUGGGCAUCAAAGAACUCAUACAGGGGACAAACCUCACAAAUGUUUCAAGUGUGGAAAGAGCUUCAGUCAUCACCACUUUAUUUCACAUCAAAAAACUCAUUCAGGAGAGAAACCAUAUAAAUGCUUGGAGUGUGGAAAGAGCUUCAGUGACCAUGGCACCCUUACUGGACAUCAAAGAGUCCAUACAGGGGACAAACCUUACAAAUGUUUGGAGUGUGGAAAAAGCUUCUGUCGUCAUGGCCACCUUACUACACAUCAAAGGAUUCAUACAGGGGACAAACCUUAUGAAUGCUUGAAGUGUGGAAGUAGCUUCAGUCAAAGUGGCGCCCUUACUAUACAUCAAAGAACUCAUACAGGGGACAAACCGUAUAAAUGCUUCAAAUGUGGAAAGAGCUUCAGUCACAGUAGCUCCCUUACUUCACAUCAAAGAACUCAUACAGGGGACAAACCUUUUGAAUGCUUGGAGUGUGGAAAGACCUUCAGUCAGCAUCACCACCUUAAAUCACAUCAAAAAACUCAUACAGGGGACAAACCUUUUGAAUGCUUGGAGUGUGGAAAGAGCUUCAGUGACAGUGGCUCUCUUACUGGACAUCAAAGAAUUCAUACAGGGGACAAACCUUAUAAAUGCUUUCAGUGUGGAAAGAGCUUCAGUUACAGUAGCUCUCUUACUGGACAUCAGAGAACUCAUACAGUGGACAAACGUUAUAAAUGCUUCAAGUGUGGGAAGCGCUUCAGUCGCAGUAGCUCUGUUGCUGUGCAUGAAAGAACUCAUACAGGGGACAAACCUUACAAAUGCUUGGAGUGUGGAAAGAGCUUCAGUUGUCAUCAUCACCUUACUUUGCAUGAAAGAAUUCAUACAGGGGACAAACCUUAUGAAUGCUUGAAGUGUGGAAAGAGCUUCAGUCAGAACAGCUCCCUAAAAGGACAUCAAAGAACUCAUACAGGGGACAAACCUUAUAAAUGCUUGGAGUGUGGAAAGAGCUUCAGUCAAAGUAGCUCUCUUAAAGGACAUCAAAGAACUCAUACAGGGGACAAGCCUUAUAAAUGCUUCGAGUGUGGAAAGAGCUUCAGUCAUAGUAGCUCUGUUAGUGUGCACGAAAGAAUUCAUACAGGGGACAAACCUUAUAAAUGCUUGGAGUGUGGAAAGAGCUUCAGUCGUCAUCACCACCUUACUUUGCAUCAAAGAACUCAUACAGGGGACAAACCUUAUAAAUGCUUCGAGUGUGGAAAGAGCUUUAGUCAGAAUAGGAAUCUUCAGGCACAUCAAAGGAUCCAUACAGGGAGAAAAUAGAAAUGCUUUUAAUUUGGAAGAAAGCUUGAAGAAGAGUUGCAGUCUUAAUAUACAUCAGAGGAUCCAUACAGUGAAGAAGCCUUAUAAAAUCUGGAAUGUGGAAAGAGCAUUAUUCCCUUGCUACAGAUAAAAAUUAAUCAUCCUGAGGGGAAACCAUGUAACUGUCCAGUGUGGAAAGGUUUUCAUUCAACAUACAUGCUGUAUUUCACACCAAAGAAUUAACAAUAAUUCCCUUUAAUCCAAUUUCCAUUCUUCAUUCACAUCAGAGUGGCAAGAGCUUGAGUCGUAGACACUUCCUUAGAUACUCCUCAAAACCUCCAUAUGAGAGAGAGGCAAAAUAGUUAUGUUCACACUGGUGGAAAACGUCUUCCAUUCACUUCUCAGUACACCUCUUCUACAUAAUAGAUGCCUGUAGGAGAUACCAGUGGAAGGAAUCGGUAGAAAUGUUGGAGUGUUCGGAAAGUUUCAGUGAAGAUUACUACCGAGUUCAGUUUUGGGGUCAAAUCUGCGAGGAUGGUGAAGGUGAAGUGGAAUGAAGGAGCUGUGGAGUAGAAUGGAGAAAAAACUUUGGUCCACAAAUUCUGGCUCAUGACUGACUUGAGGGCAGAAAUGUUUUUCUUUCAGAAGUGUGAGAAACAAAAAUGUUGACAAGGCCUUAGCGAAAAUAAUAGUGCAGAUAGAAGAUUUGUUACUCCUGUCAAAUAGCAGUGUUGCUGGGCGACCUUUGUGAGCCUCCCAGUGCGCAGGAACAGAGGAAGCUGCCUUUGGCUGAAUCAGACCAUUGGUCUGUCUAGCUCAGUAUUGUCUACCGUGACUGGCAGCAGCUCUCCAGGGUUUCAGGCAGGUGUUUGUCCUGUGACCUGCCAUUUACCAAAACGGAACUGAAUAAUUAAAAAUGGAAAUGUACUGCCUUCAAGUCUAUUCCAACUUAUGGUGACCCUAUGAAUAGGGUUUUCAUGAGGCCGAGAGGCAGUGACUGGCCCAAGGUCACACAGUGAGCUUCAUGGCUAUGUGGGGAUUUUAACCCUGGUCUCCCAGGUCGUAGUCCAGCACCUUAACCACUACGCCACACUGAAUAAUUACUGGUAAGAAAAAGUGAGGCAAUGGAAAAGGACUAAUCAAUGUAGAGAAGUUGGCGUGUCUGUGGGGACCAAAAAAAGACUACACUCAGUGCUAGAAAUCACUGCUAUUAUGUAUUUAUUUAGAGUAUUUGUAACCCGCUCUUCAGCCAAAAAGCCUCCCACAGCGGAAAAAAUACAAUCCAUUCAAGUUAGACAGCUCCUUCCUAGAGGCGUACAGUCUAAUAAAAAUGAUGACACAUGAGGAAAAAGGCACAGGGAGGGAGGAGGGAUAAAGUAUACUCAGGCAUCAGUUCUUAAGUAGUUCUCUUGAUGUUCUCUCUUCAUUUUCUCAAGAAGGUCUUACUGCUUCUUUGCUUACAUUUAUUUUUGCUUAUCCCCAGCUUUUUGUACUAGGUUUUUUGCAGCCCACUUUGGCUUUUUGCCUUCUGUUUCAGAGGAGAAGGUAUUUCUGGCUUUGAACCUCUCCCUUCUUCAGUUCUGAGGCUGUUUUUGGCCAGUCUCCUCUAAGCGAGUCCUUUGGGGCUGGAGCUUUGGCCCCUAAACACCUUUGGACAGAUUUUGCUUUUCUAGUUUUUAAUAUACAUGUAUUUCUUAUUUUAAUAGAUUUGUUUAUUUCCAGGUGAGGUUUUAUUGCACCAUUUUACUUUUCCAAACCUUUCCCCUUAAUCUCUGUUCUUCUGGCUCCUUUCCUUAGAACAUUCAACUGGUUCCUGCUUGGAUAGGUAGUUUUUAAAUUCUUUCUUUCCUCUUUUCUCAAUAUUCAGGAAAAAUGCCUAUGAAGCUGUAACCUAGCAAAGUUUUAACUAGUGGACUGGUGGAAGGGGGUAAAUGAAAGAAGAGUUGCCUGAUAGGUAGAAUUAUUCCUACUUUUGUAUGUCCUCAUUAUUUUUUGUAAUAGUUAAGCUGCAUAUUGUUCUUCUGAGUAGAGUUAAAUUUACACAUCCGUAUUCUAUUUUUGUU